CCUUAGACGCCUUAGACAGUUACAUAUUACUACGCCAAGGGGAGGUUAAGUCCGAAAGCUUCGGAAUCGGAAUUUCGGACUCGGCAUCCUCAGAAUGCUGUGACCGCCGCGUUAUUCAUUUGCGUUAGGAACGUCGGUGAAUGCUCGUAGAAAAAUGUAUUUGAAAUCUAUGGUGCUUGACGGAUUCAAAUCUUAUGGCAAUCGAACAGAGAUAAACGGAUUCGACCGGGAAUUCAAUGCUAUAACUGGAUUAAAUGGUAGCGGAAAAUCCAACAUCCUUGAUGCUAUUUGCUUUGUUCUGGGCAUAAGUAAUUUGAUGCAGGUACGUGCUGGAAGCCUACAAGAGCUGGUGUACAAAGGAGGUCAGGCUGGCAUUACCAAGGCAAGUGUGACCCUGACGUUUGACAAUCAUGACAGGACACAGAGUCCACUUGGUUAUGAAGAGUUUGAAGAGAUAACAGUUACCAGACAGAUUGUGACUGGAGGCAAGAACAAGUAUCUUAUCAAUGGUUCAAAUGUGCAGACCAAUCGAGUAAGGGAUCUGUUCUGUUCAGUUCAACUCAAUGUGAACAAUCCACAUUUCCUUAAAAUGCAAGGACGCAUCACAAAGGUGCUCAAUAUGAAACCGCCAGAGAUUCUUGCCAUGAUUGAGGAAGCUGCAGGUACUAGAAUGUAUGAAUGUAAGAAACAACAAGCCCAGAAGACAAUUGAGAAAAAGGAUGCAAAAUUGAUUGAAUUAAAUGCGGUUAUAAAUGAAGAAAUUAAUCCAAAACUGCAAAAAAUGCAUGAUGAACGAUCGCGAUACCUAGAAUACCAGAAGGUGCAACGAGAACUGGAAUAUCAUACCAGAUUUCAUAUAGCAUGGCAGUACUACUCUGCGCAGGAGGUUAGAGGAAAGACUAAAGAAAGGCUUGAAGAUGUUCACAGGAAUGUUCAAGACAUCAAACAGAAGAUAAAGGAUGGAGAGAAAGAAAUUCAGGAUCUGGACCAGCAAACAGUAGACCUGAAGGAAAAAAAGAAUAUGGAGGGUGGCAGUAAAUUGCAGGCUCUGGAGAUGGAAUUAAAGGCAAAGGAAAAGGAAGAAGCUGAAGUUGUUGCUGCACAUAAGGCAAACCAUGAUAGUGUAGUGUCUGAGGAGAAGAAGAAGAAACAACUGGAGCAGAGUUUACGUGUGGACGAAGCUUCAUUGUCAGUCAAGGAAGCUGAGCUGCAGAAGGUGCAGGAGCACUUCCAUGAGUUAAAAGAUAGAGACACGGCUGAUGCAGCAGCUCUUGCAACUGCACAGCGAAAGUUUCAGAAUCUCAGCACUGGACUAAUGACUGAUGGUGAUGGGGGAGACUCAACUCUACAAGAUCAGCUCAUGGCUGCUAAGCAGGAGGAGGCACAGGCACAAACGGAAGUUAAACAGUCUCAGAUGCAGUUGCAGCACUAUCAGAAAGAGCUGAGAGAAAAACAGCAGGAGCUGGAACAAACUGCAACAGAGUAUGAGAAGGAUAGAAGGAAUCUUGAGAACAUGGAGAAGGAACAUGCCAAUAUGGAGACUCAGUUGCAGAAAAUCCAGUAUGAAGAUGGUCACAUUGAACAGCUUCAGGAUGAGCGCCAGCAGCUCUUAUCUGAAAUACGAAAGCUGAAAGAAAAAAUUGAUACAUUUGAGGCAAGGUAUCCACAUUUGAACUUUCAAUAUCAUGAUCCAGAACAUAAUUUCAAACGUUCAGCUGUCAAGGGUUUGAUUUGCAAACUGUUCAAGUUGAAAGAGAAACAUGCAGCCACUGCCCUUGAAGUUGCAGGUGGUGAAAGGCUAUUUAACGUAAUUGUAGACACAGAAGUAACAGCAAAAAAGUUGUUGCAAAAAGGACAACUGCAACGCCGUACCACAAUUAUUCCUCUCAAUAAGAUUGUUGGACACAGCUUGGACCAGAGUACAGUCAGACUUGCACAACAGCUGGUUGGUAAAGAAAAUGUGCACACGGCAUUGUCUCUUAUUGAAUAUGACCCUGCAAUUCAUCCAGCAAUGCAGUGGGUCUUUGGUCAGAUGUUUAUAUGCAAAGACAUGGAAACUGCAAAGAAAAUAGCUUUUCAUGAACGAAUCUUGAAGAAGUCUGUCACCUUGGAUGGAGAUGUGUUCGAUCCAUCAGGAACUUUAUCUGGUGGUGCACGUAAAAAAGGUACACCUUUGCUGGAGCUGCUGGAAGAUGUUUACAAAACACAAGAAGAACUGAACAGCAAAGAACAAAGGGUAGCCGAAAUUGAUAAUAAGAUCAAAAAUCUUACCAGAGUAGCAGAGAGGUAUAGGCAACUGAAAGGGGAAUUGGAGCUCAUGACAUAUAAGGUGGAGCUGGUUAGGAGGAAACUUCAGCAAACAGUUCACCACCAGCACCAAGAGGAAGUAGAUGGUCUUAAGGCAAAGAUUGUGGAGCUUGAAGAAAAUGUGAACCAUUGUAAGCAAGUCCAGAUUGUUAGUAGCAAGAAAGCAAAGGAACUGGAAAAUAAGUUAAAGGAUGCCAAGUCAAUUCAAGAAAAAGCGCUGAAAAAUGCUGAAAAUGAGAUGAAGGAACUAAAAAGGAAAUCAGAAGAAAGUCGGUCAAAGUGGAAACAGAGAGAACAGGAGUUUGAAACCUUGAAUCUGGAGAUAAAUGAAUUGAAAGCUUCAAUCGAAACGGGCCAUGCUCAAAUUCAGGCUUCCAAAGGGGCUAUAGUCCAAUUGACUGAACAAGGUGGGAAGUUACAGGAGCAGGUAGCGGAAGCCAAGGCCAGUGUUCAGAAAUUUAUGAGUGAAGUGAAGGCACAGAAGGGAACUUUCACUGCAAUAACUAAAGAAAUUCAACAAAUAGAACAAAGGAAAGAGAAAAUCAUCAAAGACAAUGGUGACUUUGAGCUGGAAAUUAAGAAACUUGAACAUGAAGCUGCCAAAAUUCAGGCUGAUUCUAAAGAAUGUAAUUCAAAGGUUUCUGCCCUGGAACACAAAUAUUCUUGGAUUAAAGAAGAGAAGCGGUAUUUUGGUAAUCCAGGUGGAAAUUAUGACUUCAAAGAAAAGGAUCCUCGUGAGAUUGGGAAGCACAUUGUAAAGCUUCAGGAAAAGAGCGAGAAACUUGGUCGCAAUAUUGAUACACGGGCCAUGAAUCUCCUUGGCAAAGAAGAAGAACAGUAUGCUGAUUUAAUGAAACGGAAAAGGACUGUGGAGGCUGACAAAGUUAAAAUUAUUACUGUUAUCAAAGAGCUGGACCGAAAGAAAAAGGAGGCUGUCCGCAAAGCAUGGGAGCAGGUUAAUAAGGAUUUUGGUUCAAUCUUCAGCACUCUUCUUCCAGGAGCUCAGGGGUGUCUUCAGCCCCCUGAAGGCAUGGAUGUUCUGGAUGGACUGGAGGUGAAAGUUGGCUUCGGUGGAAUUUGGAAGGACAGUCUGGGAGAAUUGAGUGGGGGGCAGAGGUCACUGGUUGCCCUCUCCCUUAUACUUGCUAUGUUGUUGUUUAAGCCAGCUCCAAUAUAUAUCCUUGAUGAAGUUGAUGCUGCAUUAGACUUGUCCCACACGCAGAACAUUGGUAACAUGCUCAGGACUCAUUUCAAACACUCACAGUUUAUCAUUGUAUCUCUGAAAGAUGGGAUGUUCAACAAUGCUAAUGUGCUGUUUCGAACGAAGUUUGUUGAUGGAAUGUCAGUAGUGACCCAAACAGUGCAAAGGAAAUAAUGAUGAGAUACAGAAACUGUUGAAUUUUUCCUUUAAUUUUCUUUUCAAGAAUAUUUGAAUGAGAGUUGAUUAAUGUGUCUGAUACUCUGAUUUUUUCAUAAUAAAUCAGUGGGACCAGUUUUUUUAAUUGAUCUCUUUGUCAUAGAUGUUUCUGAUGUGUUGAACUUCAUCUGUAUAGUAAAAUGGGAACUGAGUGGUGUGUGAAACACAUUGAACUUGUUCCGAAUUCUUUCAUACAUGUAGGCAGCAGUAGCACAGCAAAGAUUGAUAUGUUUAUUAUGUUUCUAAGGAUAUGUGUAUCAAUUAUAUAAGUGUGUUGGAAACAAGAAAUAUGAAAUAGUGCAAAUAAACACCUUUGUCAUCAUUAUCA